AUGGAGGAGAGUGGGAGCAGCAACAACAACAAGAAUAACAACAAAUCACCAUUACAUAUCGAGCUGGUGUUGGAUCCAUCAGCGAUCAUCACACAAGCACGUCGAGAUCUCACCUCAAUCGUCGUCUCUAAGAAAAAGCAAUCACGAUCUCAAUCUCUAUCACCAUCGUCCAUCUUAACAAAGAUCCACGCUGGCUACUUCAGAAUCAGCCUCUCCCUAUGCAGUCAAGCCUUGCUAUGGAAAACCCUAGGCGAGCCCACCUCCCACCCUAACGCUCUCCAGCUCCUCCUCCACAUGAUUCCUACCGCCGUCACCAUCUUCCUCUGGUCUUUCGUUCUCCUCACACUCUUACUCCUCUCCCUUCUCUACCUUCUUCGCUGCUUUUUCUACUUCAAAAUGGUCAAAGCCGAGUUCCUUCACCACGUCGGAAUCAACUACUUUUUCGCUCCUUGGAUUUCAUGGCUUCUCCUACUUCAAUCUGCUCCCUUCGUUGCCCCAAGAACAAUUUACUAUCUUAUCCUUUGGUGGGUUUUCGUGUUACCUGUGAUCGUACUCGACCUCAAGAUCUACGGUCAAUGGUUCACUAAAGGGAAACGUUUUUUAUCAGGUGUGGCCAAUCCCACGAGCUUAUUAUCGGUGAUGGGCAAUCUUGCUGGAGCCCAAGCAGCGGCUGAGAUGGGUUGGAGGGAGAGUGCAGUGUGUAUGUUCUCUCUUGGAAUGGCACAUUAUCUGGUGCUCUUCGUUACUCUCUAUCAGAGAUUAUCGGGAACCGAUCGGCUACCUACGAUGCUCAGGCCUGUCUUCUUCUUGUUCUUUGCGGCACCGAGCAUGGCGAGCUUGGCAUGGGACUCCAUUUCUGGAAACUUUGAUAUCUCUUCUAAGAUGCUUUUCUUUCUCUCCCUUUUCCUCUUCACGUCUCUGGUAUCAAGGCCAACCUUAUUCAAGAAAGCAAUGAAGAGGUUCAACGUUGCAUGGUGGGCUUAUUCGUUCCCAGUAACGAUGCUGGCAUUGGCAGCGGCGGAGUACGCGCAAGAGGUGAAUGGAUGCAUAGCAAGAGGUCUAACUUAUGUGCUAUCGGGACUCUCUGUUCUGGUCUCUCUUGCCUUGAUUAUCUCCACUGCACUCAACACUAGUAUGCUCUUACCUGACAGUGAUCCCAUUCUCAACCUUCCUACCUAUCGCUGA